AUGAUGCUUGUGGGAGACAAUUUGAUGAUGGAUGAGACAAGAAUGGUACUUCUAGCAGAUGACUUCCAGAAGAUUGUAACUUAUGAUAUGACUACUGGUGGUAACAAAGAACAAGCACAUGGAUUAUUUGCUAGAGGAAGGGGCAAUGAGCAAGGAAAAGACAAGGGAGGAAAGUCUAGAUCUAAAUCAAGACAUCUUGCGGGAAGGGCGUGUUUCAAAUACGAUGAAGUUGGGCAUUUCAAGGUCAACUGUCCAAAUAAGAGAGUAGAUGGGAAGAAGAAGAACAACAAGAGUGAGAGGAGAGAAGGAAAGGAAGAAGCGAGCUAUGUUUCAGAGGAAGGGAGUGUGAAGGAAUGCUAUGUCAUCACGGGUGAUGAUGAUAUAUCCGGAAAGUGGAUUCUUGAUUCAGGGCUAGGUAAUAUCAAGAUCAAGAUGUAUGAUGAAGUGGUCCGAACCUUGACGGAUGUGAGGCACGUUCUCGACUUGUGGAAGAAUCUUAUCUCAGUUGGUGCAUUGGACUCUGGUGGUUGCAGGAUUGUUAUAGAGAACGGAGUGAAGAAGGUUGUUCGGGGUUCCCUUGUAGUGAUGAAGUGUGUUUGUCAUGGUAAACAAUCUCCUACUACAUCGAAAGAGAAGGCAAACAUGGAGCAUGUUCCUUAUGCUAGUGCAGUUGGCAGUUUGAUGUACGCCAUGAGGCCUUCAGCUUCGAACCCCCCCCCCCCCCCCCACCAAAAAACCGCCAAAGCCCUCCACUCAAGAUCACAACUUUUUCGAAGCCCGCUCCAAAAAUGUCAGUCAUCACAACCCGGAUCCUCAAAAAACCCGGCCCGUCGAAUCUCGGACCGGUGCCCGAUCGAGGAGGUAGGCCUCGUCGUCCCCGAGACCGACGACCCGAACCUCCCGCUCCUCACAUUCAGGGCCUGGUUCCUCGGGCUGACAUCGUGCUCCGUCCUGAUAUUUCUCAACACGUUCUUCAAGCUAUCGCACCCAGCCGCUGACGAUAUCGGCGAUCUGAUGCAGAUCGCGGUGCUGCCCAUUGGCAGGUUCAUGCCUCAGCGCUGCCGGAUAAGGAGGUCCAGGGUUCUUGGGGGCUGGGGGUUUAAUUUGAAUCCAGGCCCGUUUAAUAUAAAGGAGCAUGUGAUUAUCACGAUAUUUGCUAAUUGUGGGGUCUCGACUGGGGGAGGAGAUGCCUAUUCGAUUGGGGCGAUUACGGUGAUGAAGGCUUAUUAUAAGCAGGGUUUGGGGUUUCUUUGUGCUCUCAUCAUUGUUCUUACUACUCAGGUAAUUGGUUAUGGAUGGGCUGGGGUGCUAAGAAGAUUCCUUGUAGAUCCCGUUGAAAUGUGGUGGCCUGCUAACCUUGCUCAGGUUUCUCUCUUCAGGGCUCUCCAUGAGAAAGAUGUGAACUCCAAAGGCCCAAGCAGGAUGAAAUUCUUCAUGAUUUUCUUCAUCGGCAGCUUCCUCUACUACGCGUUUCCUGGUUACCUCUUCCCAAUCCUCACAUUCUUUUCAUGGGUCUGUUGGGCCUGGCCUCACAGCAUCACAGCCCAACAGAUUGGUUCAGGCUACCACGGCCUCGGCAUUGGCGCCUUCACCCUUGAUUGGGCCGGAAUCUCCGCUUACCAUGGAAGCCCAUUAGUUGCCCCUUGGUUCUCCAUCCUCAACAUAGCAGCUGGUUUCAUCAUGUUCGUCUACAUUAUAGUUCCAAUCUGCUACUGGAAGUAUAAUACUUUUGAUGCCAGAAAGUUCCCCAUGUUCUCGAAUCAGCUGUUCACCUCGAAAGGAACGAAGUAUAAUACAACGGCGGUUUUGACGCCACAGUUUGAGCUGAAUGAAGCUGCUUAUAAUAGCUAUGGGAAGCUUUACCUUAGUCCUUUAUUCGCAUUGUCGAUAGGGUCAGGGUUUGCUAGGUUCACUGCAACUCUCACCCAUGUCUUCCUAUUUCAUGGAAGUGAUAUAUGGAGGCAGAGCAGGGCAGCAGCAAACUCAAUAAAGGAAGAUAUUCACGCAAAACUUAUGAAGAAAUACAAGCAAGUUCCAGAAUGGUGGUUCUUGAUUUUAUUAGUAGGCAGCAUUUUCUUAUCGCUGAUCAUGUCGUUCAUCUGGAAAGAGCAGGUUCAGCUUCCUUGGUGGGGGUUGAUCUUUGCGUUUGGAUUGGCUUUUGUUGUUACUCUCCCUAUUGGAGUUAUUCAGGCUACGACAAAUCAGCAACCUGGAUAUGAUAUUAUUGCUCAGUUUAUGAUUGGUUAUGUGCUUCCUGGAAAGCCAAUCGCUAAUCUUCUUUUCAAGAUUUACGGGCGAAUUAGCACGGUCCAUGCUCUUUCCUUUCUAUCUGAUCUUAAAUUGGGUCAUUACAUGAAGAUCCCACCAAGAUCAUGUAACACUGCUCAGCUUGUAGGAACACUGGUGGCUGGAAUCCUAAACCUAGCAGUAGCCUGGUGGAUGCUAGAAAACAUCGAAAACAUCUGCGAUGACUCUCUCCCUGAUAGCAGUCCAUGGACCUGCCCCAAAUACCGAGUCACCUUUGACGCCUCUGUCAUAUGGGGCCUAAUCGGUCCAAGCCGCCUCUUUGGGCAUGGUGGCCUGUACCGAAACCUCGUCUGGCUCUUCCUCAUUGGCGCAGUCCUCCCUGUCCCAAUCUGGAUUCUAAGCAAAAUCUACCCCGAAAAGAAAUGGAUCCCAUUGAUCAACAUACCUGUUAUCUCCUAUGGGUUCGCAGGGAUGCCACCCGCGACGCCAACAAACAUAGCAAGCUGGCUUAUAACGGGAACGAUAUUCAACUAUUUCGUGUUCAGGUAUAAGAAAGCUUGGUGGCAGAAGUACAACUACGUGUUGUCUGCAGCCUUGGAUGCAGGGACUGCGUUUAUGGGGGUGUUGCUGUUCUUCGCUUUCCAGAAUCAGCAUAUAAGCCUGCAUUGGUGGGGAACGGAUGUGGAUCGAUGCCCGUUGGCGACGUGCCCGACUGAGCCUGGAAUUGUGGUUAAGGGGUGUCCAGUUUUCUAGUUGUAGCUGGGCUUUACACAUUUAUGUACUAGAUGGUAGUAAAUAAGUCUUUGUUUUGUGUAGAUUUUUUGAGGGGGGGGGGG